UUAACUGUAACUUUGAUAUUAAUAAAUUCUACACAUGUUUUUGUUUACCUUCACGUACUUACGUCGGAAAUUGGAGAUAGUUUAUUAAAAUAUUUUCUGAGUAUUUAUUUUACUUUGUAAUUAGGUAUUUAAGUAAUCUUCAAUGAAGGAAACGUCUAGUGAUAAGUUAAAUUACAACAUAUUGCAAUUGCAAAAUUUAAUUAAAAGAGAUGCCUAUUCAUACUAUGAAGAAUUUACUCAGCAGUUUCAGCACUAUCAAUCUUUAUUGAUUCUGUUUAAAGAUAAUCCUGGCGAAUAUUAUGAAAAUGUAGCCUCUUUAGUCAUGUUCCUUGCUCAGGUUUCUACUUAUUAUAAAGAUGAGCUAAAAGACUUUCCCUCAGAAAUUAUGAAUAUUCUUAGAGAAUAUGACCAAGUAUUAGAUCCCAGUAUGAGAAUGGGUUUUUGCAAGGCUUUGAUAUUAAUGAGAAACAGAGGUAUUAUUGAUCCCACUGAAUUAAUUACGCUGUGCUUUGAAUUGCUUCGUUGCAAGGACAAGGUAUUACGCAAAUAUUUGCAGAUUCACAUUGUGGCUGAUUUGAAAAAGAUAAAUUCUAAGCAUAAAAAUUCAAAAGUCAAUAGUGUGCUUCAGAAUUUCAUGUAUAAAAUGCUGAGUGAUCGUAACGCAACUGCUGCAAAAGUAUCAUUGGAUAUAAUGAUUGAACUUUACAAGAGACACAUUUGGAGGGAUGCUAAAACUGUCAAUGCCAUUGCGACUGCAUGUUUUUCGGAUGUUAAUAAGAUUUUAGUUGCUGCUCAUCAGUUCUUUUUAGGUGUUGAUGAAGAGGAAGAAAAGGAUAGUGAUUCAGAGAGUGAAGAUGACACUCCAACAGUCAGAGAUGUAAUGUCUGCUAAUAAAGUUAAUAAAAAAACCAAGAAAAGGAUGCGAAUUCUAAAAAGAACAAAACAAGUGUUAAAAAAAUCGAAAAAGAAAAAAUCUAAAGAAGUAUUUGAUUUUUCUGCUAUACAUCUGCUUCAUGAUCCUCAAGGCAUGGCAGAAAAGUUACUGAAAACUUUACAAGCAAUGAAUGAACGAUAUGAAAUAAAGUUAAUGAUUAUGAAUCUUAUCUCAAGACUUGUUGGAAUUCAUGAAUUGAUUUUAUUGAAUUUCUAUCCUUUCUUGGUUCGAUAUAUGAAGCCCCACCAAAGAGAGGUCACAAAAAUUUUGAUGUUUGCUGCACAAGCAACUCAUGAACAUGUACCACCAGAUGCAUUAGAACCCGUUCUUCGAGCAAUUUCUGAUAAUUUUAUUACUGAAAGGAACUCUGUUGAAGUAAUGACAGUUGGAUUGAAUGCAGUAAGAGAAAUAUGCAUCAGAAGCCCUUUUUGCAUUGAUCAAGAUUUAUUGCAAGAUUUGGUACAGUACAAGAAAUUUAAAAAUAAAAAUGUUAUGAUGGCUGCCAGAUCCUUGAUUCAACUAUAUCGAAAACUCAAUCCUAAAUUGCUGCAGAGAAAAUUCCGUGGAAAGCCUACUGAAGCUUCUAAAGAGGAACAACCUUUAGAGUACGGUGUAUUACAGGCGAAAUCUUUUAUUCCUGGUGCAGAAGUUCUAUCACUAGAUCCUUCUAAAGAUGAACCCGAUAAAAAAAGUAAGGCUGACGAAGAAGAGAAUGCAGAUGAUAGUGAUGGUAGUUGGAUUGAUGUAUCUCAUUCAGCGGAUGAACUGUCUGAUGCGGAAGAAGAUGAUGAGGAAGAGGAUGUAGAAAACAGCAUUGCUGAGGAUGACCAGAAUGAUGAGAAAAUUUCAUCCUCAGAUAAAAAUAAGAGUGGUGAAGGAAGCAACAAAGAAAAAGCAAUGGCAGUUUCCAUGAAUAGGAUAUUAUCCCAAGAAGAGUUUAAGAAAGUAAAGAUUGCUCAACUUUCUAAACAAGUAAAAUUUGCUAAAGGAAAGAAACGAAAGGCGGCAGAAGAAGACAUGAAUGCAGAAGAACUUAAUAGAGGAGAAGUUGUGUCAUUAAAAGAUAUCGAAAAAUUACACAAAAGACCCAAACCCAAUAAGGAAACAAGAUUGGCUACCGUCCUGGAAAGUCGUGAAGGAAGAGAAAAGUUUGCUAAGAAAAAUAAGAAAAAUCCUAGUGCUGGUAAAACUCAAAAGGAGCAUAACAAGCGGAAAGCAUUUAUGAUGAUAAAACACAAAGUUAGGUCCAAAACAAAACGAUCUUUUAAAGAUAAACAGAUUUCCUUGAGGAAUGCAUUGUUAAAACGAAGAAAGAAUAAAUAGGCUGUAAUAGUUUUGUAAACCUCCUUUGUAAAUAAAAUUAUUGUAUAUA